CGUAGACUAAACAAAUAUUAAUAAAUAAAAAAAAACAAACCAGAAAAACAAUGACUUCUAAGCAUCAAAUAAAACAACAACAGCAUUCGCAGCAGCAGCAACACACAUUCGGAGAUGGUGAUCCCUUUAAUUAUGAAGAACUAAAUGUUAUUGGCACGGGUGCUUAUGGAACUGUAUAUAGAGCACGAGACAAUCAUACGGGAAAAAUUGUUGCCAUUAAGAAAGUACGAAUACCACUGACAGAUAAUGGUGUACCCAUGUCAACAUUACGUGAGAUAGCUCUUUUAAAACAAUUAAAUGCCUCAGAUCAUCCAAACAUUGUAAAAUUAUUCGAAGUAUGUCAAUUCUUAGAACGGGAAGGUCAACUAAUGGUUUUAUUGGUUUUUGAGCAUUUGGAACAAGAUCUAUCCGAUUUAAUAGAACGUUUGCCCAAAUCUGGUAUGCCUCCAACUACAAUACAGCGACUUUCUCGUGAACUGCUGACCGGUGUUGAUUUCCUUCAUUCUCAUCGGAUUAUACAUCGUGAUUUAAAACCUCAAAAUCUGCUAAUCUCCUCACAGGGUCAUUUGAAAAUCGCCGACUUUGGUCUGGCAAAGACUUAUGAUUUCGAAAUGAAACUAACUUCGGUUGUUGUUACAUUGUGGUAUCGUGCCCCAGAGGUGUUGUUGGCUCAGACAUAUAAUAGUUCAGUGGAUAUAUGGAGUUCAGCGUGUAUAAUAGCUGAAAUGUUUUCACGUAAAGCCUUGUUUCCUGGUACCUCUGAAGCCAAUCAACUGGAUCGUAUAUUUGAAUUAACUGGUCGACCUACAGCACAACAAUGGCCUAAAACAAUAUCAUUAUCUAGAGAACAUUUUCCUUUACGGCAUCCUAAACAACCAAGGGAUUUUUGUCCCAAUCUAUGUGAAUAUGCAAAUGAUCUGCUGGCACAAAUGCUGUCGUAUGAUUUACGUUUACGACCCUCAGCAUUGGCCUGUUUAGAACAUGAAUAUUUCCAGCAGGAGCCGCUUUAAUAAUAGGAUGUCUAAUUAUAUCAAUUAAUAUUUGUUAGUUUAUUAUCAUUUAAUAUUAUUAAGUUAUAUACAUGAAACAAUACGUAGAAACAUACAUAAAUAUACAAAUAUUCCUUUAUGCAUUUUAAAUUACAACUAAAAGUGUUCAUUAAAAUUCUGAAAAUUUAAAUGCG